GCCGCCGCGCUUGCCCGGUACAAAGCGCUUCUCUGCCUCCCGCCCUCUUUCUGCUCCCCGCCCUGCCCCUCCGCUGCUCUCAGCUCUCUGGUGGGCGUCUCGAAGGGUUCCAGCUCCGCUGGCCGACAGCUUUCCCCUGGCAGCCGGGCUGGGCGCAUCGCUCGGUGUCAGCGGCCGCCAUGGCUGCUCAGCGGCGGGCAGCACCGCGCGGCCCCGGGAGCGGCGGGACGGGAGGGACGGAGGGCGGGGACCGCCGGCACGGCAGUGCUGAGAAGAGCAGAAGCCCCGAGGAGCCGCGGGGGCUGAAGGCCGCGCUCUUCCUCUCCUUGGCCGCUGCCGGAGGCCUCCUGGGCUGGAGCUGCCGGGGCGGCGGGGAUGGGGUGACCGAGGUACUGGCUCGGCACAGCGAGAGCCUGCGGGACAAGUUCGUGGAGAUCCCCUGCUCCGAGGACUACGACAGCCACAAAAGAUUUGAAGGGUGCACUCCUAGGAAGUGUGGAAGGGGUGUGACUGAUGCAGUUAUCACACGGGAAGAAGCUCUAAGAGUCCGUAGAAUAGCAGAGAGGGGACUGUCCUUGGGAGGAUCUGAUGGAGGGGCAUCAAUUUUGGACUUGCACUCUGGAGCUCUUUCACUGGGGAAGCAUUUUGUGAAUCUAUACAGGUACUUUGGGGACAAAGUUCAAGACAUCUUCACAGAAGAGGAUUUUGCAUUGUAUCGUGAUGUAAGGAAGAGAAUUCAACAAAAGAUUGCUCAGGCAUUUGGGAUCAGCUCUGCUGCCAUGUACCUGACUAAGCCAACCUUCUUCUCAAGAAUAAACAACACAGAAGCCAAGACAACACAUGAUGAAUACUGGCACCCACAUGUUGACAAGGUAACUUAUGGCUCUUUUGACUACACAUCACUGCUCUAUCUCUCUGACUACACUGAGGACUUUGCUGGUGGAAGGUUUGUCUUCAUGGAUGCAGGUUCCAACAAGACAAUAGAGCCCCGAGCAGGCAGGGUUUCCUUUUUCACCUCUGGAUCAGAGAAUCUUCAUCGGGUGGAAAAGGUUCACUGGGGCACUCGUUUUGCCAUCACCAUCUCCUUCACUUGCAACCCAGACCAUGGCAUUGGGGAUCCACUCUUGGUAUAAUUCCUCUGAAGAU